GGGCGCGGAGGGUGGGUGGUAGCUUCUGCUGUGACUGAGUUCCCCAGAGGCUGGCAGGUUUCCGCCGGAGCUGCGGGACGUGGCAGGGCGGUGUCUCACACGGGGCGCGGGGAGCAGGACGGGGUGACAGUAGCGGCAUCUUCGGCGUCGCGGAAAUGGGCGCUGGGCUUCCCCCUCUCAUCUCGUUGUCCCCCUCCAGAGUGAGCGCGGUGACUGCAAGAAGGGGUUGGCAAGUUUAAUGUCACGGGCCUGGCAAAAUACUCUGAAUAACCUAUUAAGACCCCUCUAUAGGUAUGAUGUAUAUUUGUCUAUAUGUCUUUCUAAGAAAGUUUCCUUCCCUUUUGACCUUUCUGAAAGAGUAAGACCAGGGAAAAAUUAUGCUAACUAUUCACAAAAGGCUGCCAAGUGUUCAAAAUAAACAGCCAGAAAAAUAAUGUAUGUGUUAUCUUUAGCUCCCUCCCACAAUAGCAAUCUCAGCUCCUAUGAUUAAGACAUGAACUUUACAGGUUAAAUAUGUUUUCCUUGUAUCUGGCGAAGCAGUUACAUGCCUAAGGCUUAAUUCUGCCAUUAUUGUAACAGUGAUCCCAGGAAUAGUUUAGGGAUUUCUUUUGUAUGGACAGUACAUUAUUGGAAUUCAGGAUCUUGCUCCUGGAAAAUACCUAGGAUAGUAGCAGGCUUGAUUUUAACAAAGGAUUGCUUCUCCACUGUUGUACCCGACAGACUUUGCUUUUAAUUUUGGUAGGCGUAUGGUCAGAGUCUUAGGAGAGCAGCUGGCAAAAUGAUAAUUGUUCAUUAACUGUGACCUGCAAAUACGUGUGUAAAAUAAAAGGCCAGACAAAAAUCCCAGUGUUUUCAGAGCAAUUUUACUAUCAAAAUGGGACUACUAGCAAUGGAAAAGACUGAUGUAGGUAGUACAGGGCAAUAGCAAUGGCAUAAAAGUUAACAGAGAAAAACUUUGAGUAGCAGCAGAUUGUUUUAACAUGAAUGCAGAGGUUGCUUAAGGAAGAUGAAAGAAUCUCUGGCAUUUAGAUAACUCUAAACUUGAGUGGCCAAAGCACGACUCACAUUCUGAAAUUCUGCACUGAUGCAUCAGCUUGCAGUUCUGCAGGAAGAAAUAUCUUCACUGGAAGUUCUGAUAAACCUGAACAUGAACAGUGGGUAGAGAAAAAGGUAAUCUUCACACCCCAAUUCACAGUAGUCAGCUAUUGUACUUCAGAAAGCUGCACAUAUGCAGAAGUGGUAGCUGCUGUUGAUGUGAACACUCUUGCCAAUGAUGUUUAUAAGCACAACUUUCCCAGCACGCCGUUAUGGGCAAAGACUAUCGAGGGCAUAACACUGGAAGAAUUUGACAGAUUAUCUUUUGAUAUGAUUUUGAUGAGUCCUCCCUGUCAGCCUUUUACAAGAAUUGGCCGGCAAGGUGACGUGUCUGAUCCACGGACUAAGAGCUUUCUCUAUAUCCUGGAUAUUCUCCCAAGGCUUCAAAAGCUUCCAAAAUACCUACUUUUAGAAAAUGUUAAAGGAUUUGAAUCCUCUUCUGCAAGAAAUGAACUUUUGCAAACACUAGCAACAUGUGGAUUUAAAUAUCAGGAAUUUCUCUUGUCUCCAACCUGUCUUGGCAUUCCCAAUUCCAGGCUGCGGUAUUUUCUAAUUGCAAAGCUUCACCAAGAACCGUUUUCCUUUCAAGCUCCUGGACAAAUAUUAACAAGAUUCCCAGAUCAGGAUCCAGCAGAUUUACUCAAGGAAAAAUGUGCUGACAAAGUGGGUGAAACUAGUUCUUUUUUGUCCUCUGAGGAGAAGAAUCUGGAUCCAAACACUGGUCCAGACUGCAGCAGCAAGAAGAGUUUACCAAAAGGGGCCUUUCUGUUUAAGCUUGAAACAGUAGAAGAGAUGGAAAGGAAGCAUAAUCAGGAUAAUGAUUGCUCUAUUCAAAUGCUAAAAGACUUCUUGGAAGAGGAAAACGAAGAAAUGAGUCAAUAUUUCUUGCCACCAAAAUCCUUACUGCGCUAUGCUCUCUUGUUAGACAUUGUCAAACCCACCUGCCGGAGAUCCACGUGCUUUACAAAAGGGUAUGGACACUAUGUCGAAGGGACCGGCUCAGUUCUGCAGACAGCAGUAGAUGUACAGCUUGAAUCUGUGUUUAAACACAUUGACGAGUUGUCGGAAGAAGAGAAGCUUAUGAAAUUGUCAACACUAAAACUGAGGUACUUUACUCCAAGAGAAAUAGCAAAUCUUCAUGGAUUCCCUUUGGAAUUUGGUUUUCCUGAAAAGGUAACAGUCAAGCAAUGCUAUCGUCUUCUGGGAAACAGCCUCAACGUACAUGUGGUGGCAAAAUUGAUCUCCAUUCUACUUGAAUAAUUUAGAACCUGAAACUGGUGCAUAUGGACUGGUGACAGAAAAUACUUCCAUCUUUUAGGAGAAAGCUGAUGGAACCUGGACAAGUACCAGAGCUUAUCAAGAUACUUGUCCAGACAUAUUGCUGAACAGUUUUGAUAUAUUUUAUUAACUUACAUUCAUGAUGGAUUUAAACUGUAUAGGUGUUUUAUUUAAACGGCAGUUUGCAGGACUUAAUUGCUUUAUUUAAAUGUCAUUUUUAGUUUGCAGAAUGAAAAAUAGUAGCACAUGCAAAUACUUCAAUGAGAAAGGAUAAGAUUAUUUUAUAUUACUUUAUUUAAUUUUUAUCUUAAAACCAUUUUCUCAGUACUGUGUGAAACUGUCAAAGCUGUUUCAAUUAGCUGCAGAGAUCAAGUUCUAUGUGUAAAACAUGUUCAUCUUUAAACAUAAGUGAUCCAUUCUGAGAAGACUUACUGUAUAUAUGAUCUGAAGUUUUGAUGUGGUUUUUUAGCUCAUGAAACUAAUAAAUUCAGUAUUUUAUAUACAA